CAGUAUAUAAGGCACCUAGCCCAUCACCAACAAUCACAACACAAUACAUUUUGUUCAGCUUGAUCAAAGUCUGUUCUGGUGAGCGGUAGCUAGCAGAGGGAUUGAAAAUGAGCAGACCGGGAGAUUGGAACUGCAGGUCAUGCAACCACCUGAACUUUCAGAGGAGAGAGUCUUGCCAGCGAUGUGGAGAAGGAAGGGUUGGAGGCGAAUAUGGAAGCUUUGGUGGCAGAGGCUUCACCACUGGACCAGACGUUCGUCCAGGCGACUGGUACUGUAACCUGGGCAACUGUGGAGCCCACAACUUCGCCAGCCGCUCUAGCUGCUUUAAGUGCGGUGCCCUCAAGGAUGAUUCCUCCGGCGCCGGCGGCGGUUACGACGCCGACAUCCCCAGAAUGAGAGGCUAUGGCUUCGGCAGCAGCUCCAGCCGCCCUGGCUGGAAAUCCGGUGACUGGAUAUGCACCAGGUCCGGAUGCAACGAGCACAACUUCGCCAAUAGAAUGGAGUGUUAUCGGUGCAAUGCACCAAGGGACUCAAGCAGCAGCAGGAAUCCAUAUUCGUCAUAGAAAUAUCUGAUAUGGUUGGCUGUCCGAGGGGAAGAGAAUUUGAUGAUGAUGAUGAUGAGAGAGGCUAUCUUGCUGUCAGCGAUAGUUACUUUUUUUUUUGGUCCCUCCCCCAAUAUGUUGUCACUUGGCUCGAUCUAUUUAAUUUUCCCCUCUUUUGAAAUUUCUAUUUUCUAGCUAGGAAGCUUUUGAUGAAGAACUAUCUCUCAUUUUGAGUUUUGUUGGCGCUGAGAAUUUCUGGUAUGACUCAGCAGCUAGCUAUGGCCCUUGUACUGGUAGCGUACGUUAUCAAUCUAAUAUAUCAGUGUUUAUGUAUGCUUUUGAAGUUAA